CGUAGAGGUGGGCUGGCAGAGAGUUAAGUGUAGUCUGAGUGCCAUCAAGAUAAGGCAAACAUCAGAAGUCCUGAAAACAGUAGAUAGCUCAGUCUGAGUACUGAUGUGUACAUGAGUGUCUUGUGUCAGAUGAUAUCUCAGCGGAUCCUCAGCGUCGGCUCACAUUUUCAUUCAUUCUGAAAGCUCAAACUGAUAGCUUCAGCAGAAAAGUUGUAAAGUGAUUUCAUGAAUGAGGUAUCACGACAUCGCCUGGCACUCUCCAGCAUCAUUUUAUUUUUCGUCAGAUUUGGACGAUCUGAAGCUGAUCGCUGGAAAGCUGAGCACGUAUUGGACGGAUCUUCUCCUCGAGCAGAAGAGUUGUGAAAGAGUUUUGCAGAAGAGCACCAGCAGCAGCAUGGAUUACUUUUUAUUUCGACUCUUCUGUUCUUUGGCUUUGGCGUCGCUUCUAGUUCAAAGGGCAGACUCUAACGAGAUCCUGGGACUAAAGAUCCCCUUUGACCCCAUUCUCAAUGCCAACACGGUGUGUUUGACCCUGCCCGGCCUGACAAAGAAACAGCUGGAUGUAUGUAUGAGGCAUCCAGAUGUGACAGCCUCAGCCAUACAGGGCAUCCAGAUUGCCAUCCAUGAGUGCCAGCAUCAGUUCAGAGGACACCGCUGGAACUGCUCAAGUCUGGAAACCAGGAACAAGAUCCCCUAUGAGAGUGUUGUCUUCAGCAGGGGUUUCAGAGAAAGCGCGUUUGCAUAUGCCAUCGCAGCAGCCGGUGUGGUGCACGCCGUGUCCAACGCUUGCGCCAUGGGCAAGCUGAAGGCCUGCGGCUGCGACGAGAAACGCCGAGGGGACGAGGAGGCAUUCAGGAUCAAACUCAACCGUCUCCAGCUGGAGGCCAUCAACCGGGGUAAAGGCAUGGUGCACGGCGUGAUGGAACACUUUCCCGCCGACACUCUCGGCCCCCAGGACUCCUGGGAAUGGGGUGGCUGCAGUCCAAACGUGGAGUUUGGGGAACGCUUCUCCAAGGAGUUCCUGGACUCCCGUGAGACAUACAGAGACAUUCACUCCAGGAUGAGACUUCAUAACAACAGAGUUGGCAGGCAGGUGAGAGACGGCGUUAUGCUGGCUGUGUGUGUGAUGUGUGACACUAAGCCUGAAAGAAUCAGCAGUGUUGGAUUGCAUUUCCAAAGAGUGCAAAGGGAUCAACUUACACUCCCUUUCAAGGUGCGUUAA